AUGCCAGCCAAGAACGUCACACAAACCACCAACAAGGCCUUGUCAGCUCGCAAGCACACGCUCAAGGGUGGUCAAACCAACAAGAGUCGUAAGAUCCGCACUCAAGUGCACUUCUACAAGCCAAAGACUCUCCGUCUUCCAAGAGACCCAAAGUACCCACGUAAAUCAAUUCCUUCUCGUGGCCAACUCGACCAAUAUCAAGUUAUCCAGCUCCCAGUCAACACUGAGGCAGCUAUGAAGAAGGUCGAGGAUGACAACACUUUGGUCUUCACCGUCGACAGAAGAGCUAACAAGCGUCAAAUCAAGGACGCUGUUAAGAAGUUAUACGACGUUGACGCGGCAAAGAUCAACACUCUCAUUCGUCCUGAUGCAUCAAAGAAGGCUUUCAUUAGACUCACUCCAGACCACGACGCCCUUGACGUUGCCAACCGUAUUGGUUUGCUUUAG